AUGGAUUCCUCCCUGUACAAAGACUUCACGACCUCUAACAGCCAUACUUAUCAUUACUUCUUCUCUCCCCCAAAGGAUGACGCCAAGCCGUACCUGCUCUUUCUUCACGGCUUCCCCAGCACUUCUUUCGACUGGCGACACCAGGUUCCAUUCUUCCUCAGCGAGGGCUAUGGACUCAUAGUCCCAGAUAUGCUCGGCUAUGGGGGGUCCUCGAAACCUGCCGACGCAGCAGAAUAUCGUUCGACCGUUCUCACGAAAGAUCUAGUGGAGUUGGUAGACACGGAAAGCGCUACCCGGGUGGUCGCCAUUGGCCACGACUGGGGCGCCAAAAUCAUCAGCCGUCUUGCCAAUUACUACCCCGAUCGAUUCGUCGCAUUCGGUCUCUUGGCUGUCGGAUAUGUCUCGCCAAGUACGGAGUAUAAUUAUGAGCAGUUCCUGGUCAUCUCCAAGAAGACCUUCGGCUACGAACUCUUCGGAUACUGGUCCUUCUUCUCCUCAGAGGGCGCCGACAAGAUUAUCGAAGACAACAUGGAAUCCUUCUUGCGUCUCUUGUACGCUCAAGACCAUAACUUGAUGGCCUCCGAUUUCGCGCCCAUCGGCGCUCUGAAGGCCUACCUCUUGCAGGGAAAAACUGAUGGUUCUCUGGCUUCGUAUAUCACCGAGGAAGAGAAGGACUUCCACAAGAAAGAACUCCUCGACGGCGGCAUGGCCAGUUGUCUGAACUGGUACAAAGUCAUGACUACGGGGAUCGAUGCUGAGGAUAACAAGGCUGUCCCGGAGGCAAACCUCGAGGUUACGAAGCCCGUUUUCUACGGUGGCGCAUUGAAAGACUUAGUCGCCCUCAACGCCCUCAACAAAGCAGGGACCGCUGGGAAAUGUAAGAACGCAACUAUCCAUGAAUACGAUGGAUGCCAUUGGGUGAUGUGGGAGGCAAAAGAUGAAGUUAACCGGGAUUUGUUGAGCUGGCUAAAGGCACUGUAAUUGCAUGACUUUGAUUGAAUGGAAAGUGGAAAGUGCUGCGAUUGGCUGACUACGUUAUGUAAGCAACUUAGCUAGGUAAAUAUACACUAACUCAUCAGCUCGUAGUAGAAUAAGAGGAAGGGAGGGAGUAUGAUGAGAGACACUGAAGCCGUCAUUAGAAGCAGCGACAUUGCACCUAACCCGAAAUGUUUCCCG